GCGCCAGUUUCCUCGCAGCAGGCACGCGGCCGGCUGCCUGCAGUGCGCGGUGCGAACCAUCACACGCGAGUUCGCGGUCAUAGGCUCGAACGAACAUCGAAACCGACGGUCAGUGUAGUGACCAUGAUGAUGGACAACGGGGUGAUGAACAACUAUGACGGGUAUCCCGACGGCUAUAUGGAACAGGAGGAGGAGUGGGAACGCGAGGGUCUCUUAGACCCGGCUUGGGAGAAGCAACAGAAAAAGACCUUCACAGCGUGGUGCAACAGCCACCUCCGCAAAGCCGGCACCGGCAUCGAAAACAUCGAAGACGACUUCCGCAAUGGCUUGAAGCUCAUGCUGUUGCUGGAGGUCAUCUCGGGCGAGACCCUGCCUAAGCCCGACCGCGGCAAGAUGAGGUUCCACAAGAUCGCCAAUGUCAAUAAGGCGUUGGACUUCAUCGCUUCCAAAGGCGUAAAGUUGGUGUCAAUCGGCGCAGAAGAAAUCGUCGACGGCAACCUGAAGAUGACGCUGGGUAUGAUCUGGACCAUUAUCCUGCGGUUCGCCAUCCAGGACAUCUCAGUCGAAGAAAUGACCGCCAAGGAAGGUCUCCUCCUCUGGUGCCAACGCAAGACGGCCCCGUACAAGAAUGUGAACGUGCAGAACUUCCACCUGUCCUUCAAGGACGGCCUCGCCUUCUGCGCGCUCAUCCACAGGCACAGGCCCGACCUGAUCGACUACAGCAAGCUGUCCAAGGACAACCCGCUCGAGAACCUCAACACCGCGUUCGAUGUUGCUGAGAAGUACCUCGACAUCCCGCGGAUGUUGGACCCUGAUGACCUUAUUAACACACCAAAGCCGGACGAGCGCGCCAUAAUGACCUACGUGUCAUGUUACUACCACGCGUUCCAAGGCGCGCAGCAGAUAGGGGUUAACACUGCCAUGCCAGACGAGCGCGCGGUCAUGACCUACGUCUCGUCCUACUACCAUUGCUUCUCUGGCGCGCAGAAGGCUGAGACGGCCGCGAACCGCAUUUGCAAGGUUCUCAAAGUCAACCAGGAGAACGAACGCCUGAUGGAAGAGUACGAACGUCUCGCCAGUGAUCUUCUGGAAUGGAUCCGCCGCACCAUGCCGUGGCUGAACAGCCGCCAGACGGACAACUCUCUCGCCGGCUGCCAGAAGAAACUGGAGGACUACCGUACUUACAGGCGUAAGCACAAGCCGCCCCGCGUGGAGCAGAAGGCCAAGCUCGAGACCAACUUCAACACGCUGCAGACCAAGCUGCGCCUCAGCAACCGCCCCGCCUACAUGCCCACCGAGGGCAAGAUGGUUUCCGACAUCGCCGGAGCCUGGAAGGGCCUGGAGAUCGCGGAGAAGGCGUUCGAGGAGUGGCUGCUGAGCGAGAUGAUGCGCCUGGAGCGUCUCGAGUACCUCGCGCAGAAGUUCAAGCACAAAGCCGACAUCCACGAGGACUGGACCCGAGGCAAGGAAGAAAUGCUGCAGUCCCAGGACUUCAGGCAGUGCAAGCUGCAAGACAUCAAGGCCCUCAAGAAGAAGCACGAGGCGUUCGAGUCCGACCUCGCCGCGCACCAGGACCGCGUCGAACAGAUCGCCGCCAUUGCGCAGGAACUCAACACCCUAGAGUACCACGAGGUGGCUUCAGUGAACGCUCGCUGCCAGCGCAUCUGCUCGCAGUGGGACCGCCUUGGGGCGCUGACGCAGCGUCGGCGUCAAGCCCUGGACGACGCUGAGCGCGUGCUGGAGCAGAUCGACCUGCUGCACCUCGAGUUCGCCAAGCGUGCUGCGCCGUUCAACAACUGGCUUGACGGCACGCGCGAGGACCUGGUGGACAUGUUCAUCGUGCACACCAUCGAGGAGAUCUCCGGCCUCAUGGACGCGCAUGCGCGCUUCAAGGCCACGCUGGGCGAGGCCGACAAGGAAUAUCAGGCGAUAGUGAACUUGGUGCACCAGGUGGAAUCCAUCGUAAAGCAACACCAGAUCCCCGGCGGACUCGAAAACCCCUACACCACCCUCACCGCACACGAGCUGAACCGCAAGUGGUCGGACGUGCGACAACUCGUGCCGCAGCGCGACGGCACGCUGGCGGCCGAGCUGCGCAAGCAGCAGAACAACGAGACGCUCCGCCGGCAGUUCGCCGAGAAGGCCAACGCCGUCGGGCCCUGGAUCGAGCGCCAGAUGGACGCCGUCACCGCCAUCGGCAUGGGCCUGCAGGGCUCGCUAGAAGACCAGCUUCGACGACUGAAGGAGUACGAGGCGGGCGUGUACGCGUACAAGCCGCACAUCGAGGAGCUCGAGCGCAUCCACCAGGCCGUACAGGAGGGCAUGAUCUUCGAGAACAGGUACUCACAAUACACAAUGGAGACCCUCCGCGUGGGCUGGGAGCAGCUGCUGACGUCCAUCAACCGCACCAUCAACGAGGUCGAGAACCAGAUCCUCACCCGCGACUCCAAGGGAAUCACGCAGGAACAGCUCACAGAGUUCCGCGCUUCCUUCAACCACUUCGACAAGAACCGCACUGGCCGCCUCGCCCCCGAGGAACUCAAGUCGUGCUUAGUGUCGGUCGGCUACAGCAUCGGCAAGGACAGGCAAGGCGAGCUCGACUUCCAGCGCAUCUUGGCCGUCGUCGACCCCAACAACACAGGUUACGUAUCGUUUGAUGCGUUCCUGGACUUCAUGACCCGGGAAUCCACAGACACAGACACCGCUGAGCAGGUCAUCGACAGCUUUAGGAUCUUAGCUGGUGACAAGCCGUACAUCACCGCGGAAGAGCUGCGACGCGAGCUGCCGCCCGACCAGGCGGAGUAUUGCGUGGCGCGCAUGCCGCCGUACCGCGCCGGCGGCGCCCCGCCCGGCGCGCUCGACUACAUGGCCUUCUCCACCGCGCUCUACGGCGAGACCGACCUCUAGGCGCAGGUCGGAGUCGCCAUGGUCACCUCAGCGGGAGCAGCCACAGGACGCCGCCGCGCCGGCGCGGACCAGAGUGUUUUCCUUACGCUGGCGGCGCGCCCUAUUCCGCCAACGUAACGCAAACAUCUGCUGCCGACACCUAAUAUUUAAUGCAGUCCUGUAUAAACCUAAGUAUGUGCAAUGUUCAAACCAAAAAUGCCAUUAACUUUCACGCCGUUACACUCUUCUCCCUAAGGACUACUGGAAACUUUUGGCUCAAAUCAGAGAAUUCAUCUGUAGAAUACGUUUUCGACAUCUCUAUUUAUACACUAGUGUUAGGUAUUUUUAACUUUUAUAUGAAAUUCUCAGGGAAGUCACAAAACAUUUAUUUGUAAGAUGGAAAUGGUGCUAAUGUUAGGCUUGACUAAUGUGUGACACCAAAAUAAGACUCAUUCACGUUGUGAGAAUGUUUUUGUUAUAUUUUUUUAUUUAUAAGCAAAAAAUUAUUUAUACAAGUUCAUUUUAAUUACUGCCAUUAGUAAUGUAUAGUACUUCGAUGGUAGGUACGUAAAGUUUUAAGCUAUCUAAAUUACAUGCAGGGAAGUGUCACACAAAUUAUUUAUAUCAUAGAUUGCCAUAGCUUGCCUGCAUCUAUUUAUUUAUCAUUUUUAUAUGAUUAUCGUUUUUGAGAGUAUUUUUAUGCGAGUACUCUAAAUAAAUGAUCUGCCAUAUUUGUCUUUUAAUAAUGACUGUGUUGAUAAUCCAACCAAUAUCGUAUGAGAAAGAUUGGCACAGUAAACAAGAAUGAAUUAUGUGCCCAAAAAGUAUACUAACUCGAAUGUACAGCUAAUUUAAUAAAAAGCUCUUAAACACA